AUGAGGGCUUGGAUGCUGCUGCUGCUCUCGGUGCUCCUCACGUUCGGAGCACACGGCAUGGCCAUCAACGGGCCGGCCAACGCCACCCCCGAGGACAAGUGCUGCGCUGCACUGCUGGUGGAGGGCGAGGCCGGCUCGCUGGACGCCUUUGGGAAAUACCGCCUGCCCACUCCUUGCGGUGGAGAGCUUGCCGUGGCCUGCCCCAAGCUCGGAUUCAACGCGGCAACACUCCACAACGACGGUUCCAUGACCGCUAGCUGGCUGGCGUUCCGGCAACAGGCCGACCUCCGCCUGGCCCCUUCCUGCUCGCCGAUGGAAUGGGAGAAGAGGUGCCCGCCCGGGGCCACCAUGCUCCUGGCGGAGAAGCGGAGGGGCGGGUGCCGCGCGGCCGGCUGCGUUGCGGUGGGCGGCGAGCUCAACGACGACAACGACGACAACGAGAUCCUGCGGGCGGUUACGGCUCAACAGACCGCCCUCCUUAAGGCCGCGAAGCCCGCCAUGCCUAAGAGCUUCUACCAGCACGUCGCGGGCCGGCAGCGGGCGUACGGAAAGGCGAGGAAAAUGUACAAUGGAAGAAGAGAGGACGUGAAAAAAUGGUCUGCACACGAUGUCGAAGAGCUUGUUCGGGACGAGAAGCGCUUCGGGAAGAGGCUGGCAAAGGCGAUCAAGAGCUCCUCCUCUGGCGACGUUGAAACGGUCCGCGAGCUCGUGGAGGAGGCCGCCACGAAGGGUUUCCGCUCCGUCGCCAUCGACGAGGCGGCGACGGCUGUCUUCAAACAGGAGCAGCAAGAGAGGGUCCUCGCAUUCUUUAGGAGUCUUCCCGGCGCAGUUGUCGACUACGUCUCGACCACUUCGCUGGAUGCUGCGAGGCGCUCGAACGCCUUGAAGGCGAAAAUUGUCAAGCUGAAAAACACCGUCGAGGACCUCACGAGGACACUGCACAAGAAGGAGCUCAUCUCAACGGCUCAAGCGGGCGCCUUCAGGGCGGAGCGGGCCAAGUCGGAGGCGGACCGCAACGAGGCGGCUGCCGAGGCAAAGUACUUCCGUGACGAGGUGGAGGCGCUCCGAGUCACCGUCGAUUACGUGCUGGAAACGGCCGCCUCCGACCACGAGACGUCUGCGAGGACGGAGAGCGACCUCGUCGAAAAGCUCGACACCGCCGAGGGCAUCGUCGCCGCCCUCACCGACACCGUCGCCGAGCAGCAGCUGGCGGCCCAGAAGGAGUCUGAGCAAUCGGACCUCUCCCUCCGCCUGGUCGAGCAAGAAGCGGCCAAGGCUCGAGCAUCCACGCUCGCUGUAGGAGAGGAGCUUUCUGAAGCUGAGCAGCGCGAGAUUGAGCUCCAGUGCCUCCUGGACGUGGGCACGGACACGAGGAAGGAGCUGGAGGAUGAACUGGCCUUAUGCCAGACGAACGUGGACGAAGCUCGCGCAAUCGCUGAGUCCUACGGUGCCGACAUCGAGGACCUGGACUCCCGCGCUCUCGCGGUCGCCCUCGCUCUGGCCGACGACGUCUCCGAGAAGGCGUUGAUCGUGGAAAGCCUGGCCCACGUCGCGCAGGGAGCGGUGCUCGGUGCCACGCCCCCGUUCAACGACGCCGACCGCUGGGGCUCGCACGCGGGCUAUCCAAUGAUCCGAUCCCACUUGGAGGCCAUGCAGCGACUGGUGUUGACGACUACGUCUACCCUGAUGGAGGAAGUAUCAUGCUGCGAGCACGACAAGGCAGAGGCGGUGAAUCGCGCGGCCAAGACGCAAGAGCGGAUGAAGGAGGUCGAGGACGACCUGGCAACCUGCGACAUGAACAACGACAGCGCUCCCGGCGGCAGCAGUACGGACGACAGCACCCCCGACGACGGCACCACCGACGACAGCAGCUCCGAGGCCAGCACCAAAGACGACAGCACCACCGAUCGCAGCAUCAGCGACAGCAGCACCAGCACCAGCACCAGCGACAGCAACACCAGCGACAGCAGCACCAGCGACCUCACCACCGGCAGCGACGCCGCAAGCGACCGUACCGUGACGGACGUGAACACCGGCGAGAACGACACGGACACGGCCGGCGCGGGCGAAGCGGUGGACGGAAAGGGGGUCGACGAUGACGGCGGCGAGGGGGACGUCGACGGAGAAGAGGACGCCUACGUGUUCAGCAGGGGCACCAACCCGCCUACCCUAGACGGGGUUUGA